AUGGGCUCUGAGGCUCAGUUGCUCGAGCAGUCUCGGUCACCGAGCAAAGCGGCAAGCUCUUCCGACACGAUCGCCUUGCCUCGGAUGGUCCGAGUUUCUCUCCGGCCGACCCUUCGCACGCAGAUUCCCUCGCCUCUGCUCCCGAUCACGAUUCCGCGUCCCGAGUCCGACAAGCCGUUGCCUGCUAUCCACACGGACCUACGUACUGUCCGCCGCAAUACGUCCGCGACGGUGAGCGGAGUACAACAUGUUCCGCGUCUUGAUCGUACGCCUACAUCGCCUUCGCGGACUCCGAACAGCGCCUCCCAUGCUGGCGAGGGCUUCCCCAUUGCACUCGGGCAGAGCAUGUCGCGUCGUCAAAGUCAACAUCACCGCCGCAGCGGGCACUUGUCCGCGGCUGUGGAACUGCAUCGUCGCUCCUCGAUCCCGUUCCCCGUAGCGGGGCCAUCUACUGUGCGUAUACCAGAAUCAGAGGUCGAGAUGAGCGAGGUUCCUAUCCGGAACAUCGAGCCUAAUCGACACAGUUUGCCUCCGAUUCCUGUGGAUAAGGGUACAGAAGCUGCAGCCGACAGCGUCUCCGGUGCCGAAUCACCUCCUGCCUAUACGGUCUAA